ACUCCGCAAAUUGGACCGAGGUUGAGAAUGGCAACGGGUCUCAUAUGGGCCACGGCGGAGGAUUUGGGGCGGAACAGAGGACGGGUGCUGUCGCUGUACCGUCAAAUUCUGCGGAGUUUGAAUUCGCCGGAGCUGCCGCUUGGCUUCGCGGCGAGGCUGGCGAAGAAGGCAGAGGUGCGUGCAAUGUUCUGGGUGGGUUCUGAGGAACGUUCUUUACACAACAUCGCUGAUCUCAUUGAUGCUGCUGAGUACUCUCUUUCCUUUCUCAGAAAAGGGCAACUCCCUCCUCGUUACAUCACCUAAGCUACUAUUAUUAUCUUAUUAAUUUGUUCUAGGAUGUAGAUAAUGGAGAAAGAACGAGUAAAUGGUUACAUAGUGUUCAUAUGUUCCAUUUUUUUGUAUAUUUUAA